GCUGUUCAAGACUAGUAUAAAAGCGUCUAGUUCGAGCUUAAUAAAAAACCUUUAAAAAAAUGCGAUACACCUAUGUCACGGAAAAAUAUAGGUUGUUUGUUUGUAAUUAAAAAAUAAAAAUACUCGAAUAUAAUGGCUGACGAAAGUGCGAAUAUAUCAGCAAAAACAAGAGCCAGAGCUCUAGAACCAAUUAACAAACUUGGGUAUAUGGAUGGUGGAGCUGACGGACAGAAUGCCGCAUUUCAAACUAGUUUUAACACCGGAUAUGAACAGGGUUUCAAGUUUGGCAUGGAGUUGGGAUUUAAUGAAACACUAGCCCAAUACAAAAAUGAACUACCCAUGACAACUUUGGAAGAUCCAAGACGGAUAAAUUGCCAAAUGUGUAUAACUGGGUCAGUAGCACAGGAGAACAUCGUCAAUUUAUACAAUACACAAAAAGAAAAAAAUGAUCUCUAUUUAAGUAAUAAAGAUACAUAAACCAAAA